GAAGAAGAAGAUGUUUUAUUUGUCAAACAAAAAUGGCAGACGUAGCCGUAGAAAAUGCUCCAAAUGAUGAAAAUGAUGAUAAUUGGUUAUACGGAGAGUCUAAUAAUGAGCAAACAGAACAAAACGAAGAAGAAAAUAGUGAAAAUGCAAAAUCAGCACCACUUGCACAGAAAAAUAAUACGGAGACAGAAGAUAAAGACGAGGAAGAAGGCAAUAACGAGGAUUCACACUUCAACGACGAACAUUUUGGUGAAGUGACUCGUGAUGAGAAGGAGAAUGCCAACGGUGAUGCAGACAGUCAAGAAAAUGGAGAUUCAGACUCCGAUGACAGUGAUGAUGUUAAAGUUACUAUAGGGGAAAUCAAGUCCGGCCCACAGGCAUAUGCAAGCUUGAACAUCAAGCGUGGUGUGGGAAUUGUCGGUGCAGCUGGUGCCGAGAAGCCCCGGCAAGGACAGACAGCAGGAAACAAAGUAACAUUAGAGGAUUUGGAGGGACCGGGAAGCAUAAAUGGAGUGCCUGCCCUCGAGUUCAAUAUUGAUACCAUUGAAGAUAAACCAUGGAACAAACCUGGAGCUGAUAUAUCAGACUACUUCAACUACGGGUUCAAUGAGGUGACGUGGAGCGCGUACUGCGAGCGUCAGAGGCGCAUGCGCGUGCACGAGACCGGCGUCGGCCUGCACGCGCCGCCGCCGCGCGCGCCGCCGCCAGACUUGCGCAGACCGCCAGGUCCCAUGAGACACGAGGAAAUGCCUUCAGGGAAUCAAGGAAAUUAUCAAAAUAGAGAAAAUACUAUUCAGGUGAUGACGGCGGAGCGGCGCGAGUACGGGCGCGGGCUGCGCGACGCGCCGGAGUACUUCGCGCCGCCGCACGACCACUACUACCCGCCGCCGCUCAUGCCGCCCGCCUACUCAGAGCCCUGGGGUCACGGGGGUCACGGCCUGCCGGGGCAGGGCCCGCCGGGCGAGGGGUGGGCGCCGGGCGACAUCAAGGAGCUGACGCCGGGGCCUAUGGGCCCGCCGCCCGGCGCUCCGCCCCCGCUGAUGCCGCCGACGCCGCUCGUGCACUACCGCCCGCCCGACCGCCACGACCGCGACCGACACGAGCGCGACCGCCACGAGCGCGACCGCCACGAGCGACAUCGCCGUGAUGAGGAGGAAAGAGAGAGGGACCGGGAGAGAGAACGCUCGCGGUCCAUAAAGCCCGAUAGAAUAAGAGAAAAAUCGUACAGACGCGAGAGGUCUCGAUCGCGUUCGCGCCGCCACAAGUCGCGGUCACGGUCGCCGCGCAUGCGCGAGCGUUCCCGCGACCGCGACCGCUCGCGAGACCGCGACCGGUCGACCGCGAGGGAGCGCGAGCGCAAGCCCAAGACGAAGGAGCCGAAAGACAAGGAGGACGACAAAUAGUCACACAAUUCCCGUAUUGAUAGUUAAUUAUAAGUACCAUUAAGACUACCACUGUAUAAGUAAAUACACGAAUGCU